UCAUUUGCGUAUUUUUAUGACAGAUCACAUUUUAUCUUCUUCAAUCACGUGCUAAGGUUUGUUAAAUCUGUUGUAAUUGCGAUAAUUUCAAAGCAACACCAGGUUAAAUACAAAGUAAUUACGUAAUUAUAACAAUUUGCUAAAACGCCUAGAUAUUAAAUAGAGUUCCUAGUGGUAAUUCCGAUAAGUAAUUGACAAUUCUAAGGUCAAGUUCGGCGUUUACUAAGUUAAGGUAAUCUGUGUUAUUCAGUUACUUUAAGAACUGUUUUAUCAGUUCAAAAGGCUUUACAGAGCGAAUAGCACGCGCUUGAUUAGACGUUUCGUUUUUAAUAAAAAGAUCUAAAACGAAACCGUUUCCGCGAGUAAGUAUUAAACCUAACUUUGAACGAAAUCGAACAAUAGUGUUUUAAAGUAAUUGAUCAUUUUACGCAGUGAUUUGUUGGUGAACAUGAAAUUAGUGCCUUGAAACAGUUUGUGAUAUUUAAUGUGUAUAAUUUAAAUACACGUGUGUGAAAUUAAAUUUUGAGAAAAGCUGGAGGUCGACACGUAUGACGUGUCAGUUGUCCUGGAGCUGACAACAGAUGUCGUUCCUCUUGAAAGUGGAAUGUCGGCCGAUGGAUCAACAACUGAUAUCCAUGGCCUACUUAAUGACACUGAAUCAGAUCUCACGGGCCUCUCACACGUUGAUGCACCGAAUGAUGCGAAUUACAUGAUUGGCGGUGUGGUGAUCGCGAUGGCUCUCGUGGCCCUCAUCAUAGUGCUGUUGGCUCUCACAAUAAAUAAGCUGCGGAAGAGGGAAGAGCACUCGGCUUCAGUACACCCCGCUGAAGCAGUCCUGCAGGCCUCCGCUCCCCAGCAACCACAGGAGCCUCUUGCCUUCCGACAGCAGCCUCUGUGGCAGUUCCCACCGCCGCUGCCUCCGCCUUACGUCUAUCCUCACGAUCAGGACAACUUGAUGCAGCCUAUUGGUAACGAACGUGCGAGCUUUCGCAGUCUUCGCAAGAAUAUUGGCGGCCGUUGGAAAAGAUUAGUAAAAAAGAAGCCAGAACAAGAGAUCUACACCAUACCACCUGAGUUGAAGCCUCAACUCAAGCAAAUAUACGUGUACUAAUGAUAUACCACAGUAUACUUGUAUAUAUCGGCACAGAAGCAGAAAUCUUCAACGAUAGACUAAGCAUAAACCGAUAGUUUCAAGAGCUUUGUCAUAAUUUUAAAUCAUAUCUUUGUGAAAUAUCAAAAUUAAAUGUCAACUAGUUUAUCAUUGUAAGGCUCUGUAGCCAAUAUAUCUUUAAACAUAUCUCUUUGACCAAUUGUUACUUUUGACCAAUCUAAAUCUUCUUUUGUUUGGCACUUAAUUGUGAUGUAAAGUCUAGAUGUAUUAAUAAGUAUUAGUGCAUUGAAGUCUGCGCGUGCGAAUCUAUGGUGAAUGAUGCGGCAUAUGUGUGAUAGUCAAAUGAUUUAGUUUAAUUAAUUUAAAAGUUAUGAAUGAAAUUAGGAAAAUGCGGUCGCGCAUAAUAAUGACGAAAAUCCAAUAAUUAUUUUAGAAAACCAAGAUGCCUUAAUGUAAUGUUUUAAAGGCCUAUAGAUCAUUAAUUUAUCUUAUUUCUAGACGUGAUCGUAUUCAUAGGCGAAAAUCGAUCAAAUAGUUUUUGAAGAUAUAUGUAUGUAUACAAGUGUAUAGUAUUUUGUUGUCAGCUAGAGUUGUUUUGAUUCAGUAUUCAAUUUUAAGUUUGACGUUAAAAAUAACAGAGAAUUUCUCUAUGUGAGAAUGUGAGAGAGUCUCAUAUAACUACUGUACUAUAUAAAGUUCGAUCUGUGGCAUGCUUUGUAGUAUAAUUUUCAGAUUUUCGCCGGGUCUUUACCUACUGUGAUAUUUAAAGAUGAGGAAAUAAAUGAAUUAUGAAGAUUUAUGAGUUUUGUAUUCCAACCUUGUCAGUUAUCAGUGGGAAGGACUUUCGGUCGAGAAUUGUGAUAGCUCAUAUUGAGCCUGAUAUUUUGAUAUUUGUAGGUACAAUAAACACAGCCAUGAUUUUAAUAUUUUAUUUUCGUUAAACCUAAUAAAAAUAUUAUAAAGAUGUAAUUUUGGAUGCAGUUGUUUAUAAUCUGAUUGUUACUGUUGAAGUGAGAAAUAAAUUCCAUCAUUAUAACGA